UCAACUGAACCCUGACCUCGAAGGGAAAGUGAUUGAAUUUCAUGAUUUUUGUUUUGCAUUGCUUCUCUCUAGUUAUGUGGGGAAGAUCUCAUGGAACCACAGAACAUCACAUGGGUGUCAGAGUUUGUUCUCUUAGGGUUCCCACAGACACAGGAGCUCCAGAAAUUCCUGUUCCUGUUGUUCCUGUUUGUCUAUAUCACCACCGUCAUGGGAAACCUCCUCGUCAUGGUCACAGUGACUUUUGACUCUCAGCUCCACAUGCCCAUGUAUUUUCUGCUCUGAAAUCUGGCUGUCAUAGACCUCUGCUACUCCACAGUCACCUCCCCAAAGAUGCUGGUCAACUUCUUUCAUGAGACCAAGACCAUUUCCUACCAGGGCUGCAUGGCUCAGAUCUUCUUCUUCCACCUCUUGGGAGGUGGGACUGUCUUCUUCCUCUCAGUGAUGGCCUAUGACCGCUACAUAGCCAUCUCUCGGCCCCUCCACUAUGUCACCAUCAUGAACACUCAGUUUUGUGUGGGGCUAGUGGUGGCUGCCUGGGUGGGAGGCUUUCUUCACUCCAUUGUCCAACUGGGUCUGAUGCUCCCACUCCCUUUCUGUGGCCCCAACGUGCUGGAUAACUUCUUCUGUGAUGUUCCUCAAGUACUGAGACUAGCCUGCACUGACACGUCCCUCCUAGAGUUCCUUAUGAUCUCCAACAGUGGGAUGUUGGUCCUCAUCUGGUUCAUCCUCCUUCUGAUCUCUUACACUAUCAUCCUGUUGAUGCUGAGGUCCCACUCAGGGCAGGAAAGGAGGAAGGCAGCAUCCACCUGCACCACGCAUAUCAUUGUGGUGUCCAUGAUCUUUAUUCCCUGCGUUUACAUCUACUCCCGGCCCUUCACCCCCUUUCCCACGGACAAGGCUGUGUCCAUCAGCUACACGGUCAUGACCUCCAUGCUCAACCCCAUGAUCUACACCCUGAGGAACCAAGAGAUGCAGUCAGCCAUGAAGAGAUUAGGCAAAUACUUGGUGAUUGGUAACAGAGAGUGAACUUUAGAUUGAGUUUAAAUGACAAAUCUUGCUGAAAUUUGUUUUCCCAUCUGAAAAACAGACAGAAAUCCUUAUGCAGUAUGAUCCUUCAGAUUAAACUAAUAUGUAUUGCGGACCUAUUCCUGUGUCAGGCACUUUCACAUCACUAUCUCAUUACUUAUAAGGCCAUGUAUAAUAUUGAUCCAAAGCUAAGAAGAUACUGUAGAAGUUUUUUGUUCCCCUUUCCUUCUCCUUUUCUUCCCAGCAACCAUUCCAUCCCAAAAAUAAAAGCCAUAAAACUGACAGUAGAUAUACUGUUAUUUCAGUUUAAUCAUUGUAUAAAUGAGAAAACUGAGACUCAGAAGUGAUUUGCUCAAAAGUGAACAGCCAGUGAGUGGUAAAACCUUGUUCCUCAGACUCCAAGUUUAGAAGCAUGAGAUAUGGAUGAGAUUUGUCAGAGAGUAACCAUCUAUAGUCUGAUUAAUGAAAAAUUGAGAGAUUUAUUGAAAGAAAAGAGACAGCUUGAGCUGAGAAAGACUAAACUCCACGAGUGGAAUUCAAUAAUUCAAAAUGGUGACUCAAUAAUGACGUUUUAUAAAGGGAACAAUGGAUAUGAAACACAUUUCUUGAUUGGUAUUUACAAACUUAGAUCACUGAAAGACAUUACUUGAUUGGUAGUAGAUAAUUUUAAGGUGGAACUUCCUGUGGCAAGAACUCCUAAGAGAGGACUUCCUGUGGGAGCAACUUGUAAGGCAGGAAUUCCUGUGACGGAACUUAUAAGACAGGACUUCCUGUAAUCCAAGAUCUUUAAGGCAGUUGGCUUAAAAGGGUAUACAUCUCUUUCUUAAAUUGGUUACAGUGUGGCAAUUACACAGGUAUGUGACAAAGAGGGUUCACAGUGUUAUUACAUCAUCAUUACCAGGCAUUCCUCUCUUAGAAACAGUACGGAAGAUGGC